AUUGAAGAGAUAUCUUACAAGCCGAUUGCUAUUGCACCGAAGAGCUAUUCGAGCAACUGCGUGUCCAUUGAAAUCCCCAACAACGGAGGGUCUUUGGCUAUUUCUAGCAUCGGGCCGAUCGCGCCCACCGGCAUCGCUGUAGCCACGGAGCUGGGUCUGGCCGGAGACUUGGUGCUAUCCGGCGAAGUGCCGUACCUGAGCGCGGUGGCGUUCGAGGGCAAGUUCGACACCAGUGGCGCCGCGCCUGUGGCGUACGGCUGUGGCGAUUGCGUUGCCAUCACUGAACAGAUCGGAGGCAAUGUUGGCUCUGGCUCCUACAGUCUGUCCAGUCUUGGUGGAUGUGGAUGCAAAUACUAAAAAAA